AUGAAAAUAGUAACCGAUCGAUGGAUGCUCUAUUCAAAAACUACAGUAUUACUUAUCAAACAAUAUGGAAAUGAAAUAUCACACUAUAAUUUAAUUGUGACAUAUAUAAUCUCAGCCGACGACAACUGCGAAGCUAAAAUCAAGGGAUUCAGUCUGAAAAGGCAUCAUGAAAUUAUAGAGGAGUAUCCGUUAACUCCCCUACUAAUAAUAAAUCUUCCGGAAACACCACAGUUGUUAAUGAAGACAUCUUCAAAUCCAGCAGCAGUAAACCUGGAUGGUGUGGACCUGACCAAUCUACAGCAGCUAAACCACAUAUUAACCAGUGAUAGUGUAAAAAUGGAGAAAAGGGAUGUGCUGUGGGAUAAAACCCUCGAAAGUUAUAAAGACAAAAGAAAAACUCUACAGGCUUGGCGUGACAUAUGUACAUUGAUCAAUGAGGAUUUUGAAACGCUGCUUGAUGUGGAAAAAAAUAAAUACGGAAAACUGGUUGUGAAAAAGUUGAAAUCGAUGAGAGACGAGAGAAAAUUAAGCGAGAGCAAGUCGGGAUCGGGAGCUAAUCCAAUAGUUCAUAAGUACACGUACUAUGACAACAUAAAAUUUUUGUCAAAAAUAGCCCAACAUAGGGAUACUGAGUCAAAUAUGCAACCAACCUUUAACACUGAAAGUGACGACAGCCAUGAUACACUGAUCAGAAAAAGGAAGAAAGAACAAGUUCAUAAAGAAAAAGAUUUGAGUGUAGUAGAUAGAAGAAUGAUUCAAUUUAUCGAUUCUAUGCAAAAAGAAGAAAAGAAAACCGAUGACAGCAGAAUUAUGUCAUUUUUCAAGAGUAUUGCUCCAACAAUAGAGAAGUUCAGUGACGAUGAAGUUGUCGAAUUUCAAUAUCAAGUUAUUUCAAUAUUACGGAAUUUUAAACAAAGAAAUAUAAGUAGCAACAUAUCAGAAUCUCAAAGUAUACACCUGCAAGAAUCCAUCCAACUUCAGCCAACCUAUGAUAUUGAAGCUUAUGGAUAUUCUACUGCACCUGGACCUUCUAACGUGAGAAGCCAAUCUAGACUUACUACUUAUAGUUCCGAACUAGAAUUUGACUCUUACACUCGAUUUGGUCAAAGUCAACCCAGUGUGCAAUCCAGUAUGAGUGACGACCUCGACUUUGCGACGCUGAAUAAUUAA